AUGUACAGAACACCACCGAAAUUACCGCCCAGCCUGAUGUUUCAGCAGAACGCCGAGACGCCUGGCCCUACCAAAGCGAGGAUCAAUCAUUUGCAGACGCAAGUCAGCGAGCUGGUAAGGAAGAAUCAAGGACUAGAGAGAAAGAUACAAGCCGAAAAGAGUCUACACUCCACGACCGUUGUGGAGAAGACUGAAGAGGUGAAUGAAUUGAGAGCGAAGUUGAAGGCCGCUCAUAAGGAAGUGGAGAGAUGCAAAGCUGAAGGAGAAGGUAUGAGGAAUGAGCUACAUCUGCACUCGAUGGUUCAACAGCAGAAAGCCCUUCUAGCCCUGGCACAAGAACAGAUGCAGGUGGUUGAACUGGAACAGAGGCUAGUCAACGCUGAGAAAGCUAGAAUCAUGCGAGAUCAUAAAAUAUCGUUGUUCCAGGCGAAAGAAGAUGAUUUAUUAGCUGAGCUGAAAGAGAAGGACCUUCUGAUAUUAAGACUCGAGCAUAAACUAUCAAAGACGUCAGCCUUCCUCAAUCAACUUCAAACUACCUCUUCCCAAAUCAGCUCAAAUACCACCAAAGAGCUACUUUCAACUCAAAAGGAGUUAUCCUCCGCUAAAUCCAAUGUUGAUGCUUUGGAAAGUAAGAUCGAAAUACUGGAGACUAAAGUGAAAACCUUGAGAGAACGUGAGAAGGAAGCCAAGAGUGAAUUGGAAAGUUGGCUGAAAGAUGAGAAAUCGAAGAAUGGAAGUAUGGAAAAGUCAAAGAAGGAAUACAUGAGUCAGAUAAGAAGCCUCAAAAACGAUUUAUCAAAGAAAGAGGAGGAGCUAGAAGAGUUCGAAGAAUUCAGAAGGUCUAGUAAAGAGAGGGAGAAAACUUUAAAGAUGAGGUUGAAAGAGGCUAACGAGGAGAGAGACAGGUUGGUGGCUGUGGAAGAGGAAUUGCAGGCUUUGAGGACUAAGGUGAAAGAUAAAAAUAUGAGUAGUCCAAAGAAGAUAAAGGAGAAGGAGAGAGUCAGAAAGGCAAGCCCUGUUCAAGAUGGGUCUUCGGAUGAGGAAGUCGUGCCCAAGAAGAAGACGAAGAAAGCUGAAUCGCCUGAUCGUCAGACGAAACCCAAGACAAAACCUACCCCAGCUCCCAUACCUUCACCCUCGACGUCACAGUCAGAAUCAGAAACACUCGUAACGAAAUCCAAGGCUGCUUCCAAACGCGCUAAAUCACCUGCCAAAUCAAAGAAAGUACCACUGGAAACUUCAGAUAUCGACAAUCAAUCAACAGCUAAGAGUAAAAGUUCUGCAACGAAGAACGUGAGAGUGAUUGAUGUACCUGCGCCUGAAUCCGAGCCCGAACCCGAGCCUGAGAUGACCGCGAGUGCCCCUGCUGCUGUUUUGCCAAAGAAGAAAAAGAGGUUGCUGGGCGGGGUGAAAUCGGCUUUUGAGUGGGAUCCAAUACUGGGUAGCGGGGAUGGCGUGAUACCACUUGGUCUCAGUCCGAUGAAACCUAUAACAGGCAAAGCUGCCGGGACGAUACCUCGAGCUGGAUUUUCCGUUUCCAAUAGGUUGAAUAGAUUAACAUGA